AUGAACAACUUCCACCAGAUGCCCUCACCCGCGACCGGCGCGAAGCCGCAGGGCCCGCAGAAGGCAGACAGCCAGUCCAUCUGGAAGCUUGUGGUGCAGGCGCUGCAGGCCCAGGGUCCCUUUACUGGCUGGAGAGAGGGCGUCCAGGUGCGAGAACGCGCCCUCAGGACUAUGACCAUCAUAUCCGCCCUCCGCCUCGUCAAACCAAACUGCGAUAUACCGACUACGAUCGCUGCAGCGUUGAGAUUCGAAGAACAAACCUUCAGAGAGGCGAACGAGAAGGCCAUCAUGAUGCAGAAUGGCAUGAUGCAGCAUGCCAACCACCAGCAGCAGCAACAACAGGGUGGUGGCAUGCAGGUUCCUCCCUCGCAGAUGGGGAUGUUUGCCGCGAUGCAGCGCCAACAACAGCAGCAGCAGCAGCAGCAGCAACAACAACAACAACCCAUUCAAGGCUCACCACUCCCAGGACAGGUGCCAAAUGGGCGUAUGAAUCUUCAACACAUGCAACCACAACAACCACAACCUUCAGCCUUCAUCCAGCAACUUGCACGACAACAGCAGCAGCAGCAGCAGCAGCAGCAACAACAACAACAACAACAACCUCGUGGACCUGGCGCUACCCAGGAUUUAAAUCAGCUCACCCCUCGCGAAAUACAAGAUGUCUACGCUCUCGCCGAGCAGUUGGCCCGCAACACCCCACCCGACGAUCUUGAAAGGAUCAAGAUGAACCUACAGAACAUGCCUCAAGAGCAGAGGGAACAAUUUGCCCAAAAACGAAUAGAUCCGCUCGCCCAAUUCUUCCGUUCACAAGCACUGGCCCAGGUAAGAAGACGGCGGCUGGAGAGGAUGGGAAUGGCCAGCCAUGGCCAACCAGGUGGUAUGGACCCAGCUCAGCAAGCCGCUAUGAUGGGACAGAUGACAGGCCAGCCCUCCAUGGGAAUGCAGCACAACGUCCCCAUCAGUCAGCCAGACCUCACCUUCAACGGCAGCGUCGACCAGAUUCAAGGCCAGCAGGAAGACGGUCUCCGUUCCCAAGAGGCAGGUCAGCUCGUUGUACCAGCGACCGCUAACCCACCCAACACUACCAUGAUGAAUUCUCAGUUCGCCGCUGCUCAAGCUCAACGCUUUCAUGGCCAGCAGCAGCAGCAGCAGCAGCAGCAACCAGGAAGCAGACCUGCCAUGAACCCAGCUCUUCUCGCCCAGCAGCAACAGCAACAGCAACAGCAACAGAAUUCAUUAAAUAAGGGUGCUCACUUUCAACUACAACCCGAACAGGCUCGCAACCAAGCUGCUAUGAAUAAUCAAUUGGCAAUGUCCUCACAGCCGAACCAACCAUCUCAGAUAACACAGCAACUCCCACCACAGGGAGCCACACCUGCCGUGCCCAUGGCUGGUAACCCCAAUGGCCAGCCCUCACAACCUCCCCAAGCUGGUGGCCCCCGCCCUCACAUCCCUCCUGGGGUCCCGCAAACUCUUCGCGAUCAACUCUCACAAAUGUCACCCCAACAUGCCUCUAUUAUCCUGGAGAAUUUCGCUAGACAGGCGAGGGCUCGGCAGGCCCCCGACAACCGCGCAAACCAGCUAGGUGUGGCAGGACAGAAUCAGGUCCCCCAACCGGGCCAGCCACCACAACCGCAGCAAGUUGACCCAAAUCAACCCCCACAAAAUCUGAACCAAGGGCUUCCAUUCAGUGCAGAUCCGAACAUGCGCAAUUCCAUGGCCAUGCAACAGCAUCUUAUGGGUGCAGGCGGAGUACCCAUGCAUCCCCAAACAUCACAGCAGCAGCAGCAGCAGCAGCAGCCAGGCAUGCCGCAAUCUCAGCCCACCCAGCACCCUAAAUCAUCUUCGUUCCAGCCUCAGUCCCAGCCUCAGUCUCAGGCAGACCUCGCCCGUCAACAAUUUUUCCAGCACGCAGCCCAAAAACUCACUGACGACCAAUUGCGCGAUAUGGACCGCAUCCCUUUUCCACCAAGUGUCAUCUCCCCCAGCAUGGCGGGAAUGCCAAAUCCACCACCUGUUCCCAAAGUGCUUAAGACUUGGGGCCAGCUUAAACAAUGGGCUAGUCAGAAUCCACAGGCAAUGGGCCAGCUUACCAUACAGAAGCUGCUGGCUUGUCAGAAGAUGCAUUUCCACGGUGUACAGAAGGAGUUGAACAAUAGAUUGCAAGCGCAGGCCCAAGCUCAAGCCCAGGCUCAGGCUCAGCUAGCUGCACAGGGACAUGGCCCAGGCUUCAUGCCUCAACAGCUCCAGCCGCCGUUCCAGCAACAAGGACAGCCUCAGCAGCAACCUCAGCAACAGCAGCCACAAGCUCAACAACAACAAAAUGUUAAUGCUCAGCAGCCAGCGCCCGCAUUUACUCAGCCGGCCUUCCAGCAACAGACGCGGACUGCCCAGCCAAAUCAGCAACCAGGACAGAUGGGGCAGCUAUCACAGCAGACGGGACAGCCAAGGCAGCCAGGGCAACUGCCAAUAGGCCUGACCAGACCUAUCACGAUGCAUGACAUACAAAUGGCGCGCCAACAGUUAGGCCCCCGAGCGAAUCAUCUAAAUGACGAAACAUUGAAGCAGAUUAUUGAGAAGAACCGACAAAGACAGAUUCUCAAGGUCCGUGGUAUACAAAUGGGUCAAGCUCAAGCUCAGUUGCAGCCACAAGGAUUCAUGCCUCAACAGCAGCAGCAGCAGCAGCCGCAACCACAACAGCAACAAUCACAGGGUAGCUCUAUACAAGGUGGAGGCAUAGAAGUUAGUGCUGAGUAUCCAGCAACUUCGCAACAACAGCAACAGAAUAUGCAACUACCCAUAUCCUCCAGCCCAAUGCAGCCAGGCAUCUCUCAGCCAAACCCUGCCCAACCAAUGACCAAACCAAUGGCUGUUCCCACAACCGCCCCUCCAUCUGCGAAGCUACGAGCCGGUCCGCCUGCUAAGCCAACAUCCGUACCAGUCUCCGUUCCCGUCCCACCACAGAAUCUCAAACGACCCAGCCCAUCUGAUACCGAAGUUCGAUCUGGUGCACCUGACCAGGUCUCGCAACCAACCGCCAACACCCGGCCAAUGCCGAUACCUAUGCCUAUGCCUAUACCACAGCUGACACCAGCCCAACUAGCGUCCAUGACACCACAGCAAAAGGUCCAGCUUGACACACAUCUUCGCCGCCAAGCACAGAUCAUGGCACAGGGCCAGCUUCAGCUAUCUAAUCUAUUCCAGCGACGCACCAAAGAGGCCACUGCGGAGGCUUGGUCACGGCUCCCAGAGCCUAUCAAGCGUAUCUAUGCUGAAGAAGCACGAAACGAUACAGAACUAGCUCCCGUAUCUAUGUCGCCCGAGGAAUACGCUACCGCGUCACAGCAACUUAGAGAUGGUGCUGAUAUGAUAGCCAAUAUGGACGCAUUGAUGCCUUGGCUUGCCAAAGUAAGGGAGCAGGAACGCACGCUGAGAUCACUAAUGCAGAUGAAUAUGCAACAAGCCCAGCAGGCUCAGCAAGCCCAGCAACACCAACACCAACAGGCACAACAGCACCAGAUGCAGAUGCAACAGCAGGCUCAGGCUCAAGCUCAAGCUCACGCACAGGCUCAGAUCCUACAAGCGCAGCAUGCUGCUGCUGCCGCCGCUGCUGCGAGAGUUACAGCUAGCCCACAGACGCCGGCCCAAACGAGUGUGCCCCUGAAUGCAAUCAAUCUACAGCAACUUGAACAGCAAGAACGCGCCAAACGAGGACAAUCUCAAAAUCCCGUCCCGCCACCCGUCCCCACCACCCGACAGCCGCCUUACCCCAUCGGCGCCACUUCUCCACAGGGCGUCCCGCGCGCUUAUGGACCCCACCAGGUAACUAAAGAUAACCUCGUGCUUCCAAAACCAAAAAAGCAGAAGACAAAACAGCCUACCAAUGAACCUUCUGUCAAGACCAACAAGUCUCCUGCUACCAAAAACCAGCAGCUCAAGGCCACUCCACCAGCGACAACGCCAGCAGCCCCAGCCAAGAACGCAACUCCGCCAACUCAAUUGUUCAAAUGCAAAAUUAGCGACUGUGUACAGCGAUUUAGGGGCUACACAUCCCAGGCUGCAUUGGAUGAGCAUAUUCAGGAUGUGCAUAAGGCUGAAGAGCCUAUUGCCAACCCUCUUGAGUACCUAGUGGAAAGUUUCAGAAUCGGGCUUGGCGUCGACAAGAAGGCAGGCAGCCAACCUACCGGAACUGAUCCGAAGGCCUUGCCGCCUACCACUGGCGCAGGCCCAUCCGCAGUGCCAAUGAUAACGUCUCCCUCACAGCAGGAGAAGUCAUCCAGCCUCAAGCCCCCUACCAGCACAAGCAAGGACAAGAAGGAAGCCGCUGGAUCCAAUGUAUCGCCUGGGCUCUCUGCUUCCACCAAGGAUCUCUGGUCUGAAAGCUCGAUAAGCCAAGAAAUGAUCCGCGCUGCUUUCAGUGACCUAGGUGAUGAAUCUUCCUGUGGUCUUAGCACCGAUCCUGUCGACGAGAUCAUUGCCAACGAGGUAUUCUCUCAUCUCCGACAACAGCCACCAGAUGAUACACCGACAUCCGCCUGGUCUGCUACGAUGCAAACUCCACAAGACGGUGACAUGAAGGAUGAAGAGAUGGCGGGCGAUGCAAAUAACUGGGUGCCUUCCGAUUGGAUGAAUCUGCCUGAAGACAUGGAGAGCGGACUAUUUAUGAGCGACGCAUGGCAUAAUAUCAACUGGGACGCCAUGGAGCUUGGCGACAACGUGGAUGUGAAUGGUGACGCGCAGCUGCGGUCCGAGAAGCCGAUUUACUCUAUUUAA